AUGCCGCCUUCACGCAAAGCAUCACACGUCGCUACAACGCAGGCACCUCGCAAGCCCGCGAAACAGCAGCGGGGGCGGCAGCAGCAGCGAGCGCUUUCCCCUGCUCAGACCGUCGGGAAGAGUAGCCCUGCCAGUCUACCGGCCGCCACUGAUGCAGCCGCCGUCGCCGCACCGCGACUGCUCAAGAGGAAGCGGCAGUUGAGGUCCCUGACAAGCACCUCCGACAGGUCAUUGAAUACUCUACCAGAGACGAACGAGACGACCACCUGGCGGACACACCUACUUCGUCUCGCUACGCAGGAGGCUUACACCGCAGCGACACUGCUGCGCUUGCUGCCCUCGUCAACGCCUGCCGACGUCAGAGAUGGCGUACAACCAAACCAAUUGCCCUUGGGCGCCGCUGUGUUGACGAAGAAACGUGUGUCCAGAGGGAAUGCAGACGGUGCGCUGCCACCGACUGCCUCCGUUGCCCCCGCCGACGCUUCUUUUCUGCCUACUCAGACUGUCGAAGGGAUGUCGUACGGAGAGCUCUGGGAAGGCCUGCUGACCCGCCUCCCUCUAGUGAACCGUGUCAAACCUGCCGCGGAGCUCACGCCAACAACUGGCGGCAACAACGACAGCAGUGGUAACACCGGUGGCGGCAGGCGGCGCGGCAGGGUUGACAUGGUGGGUCAUCAGCUGGACAACACGGCACCCUUGCCUUCUGCUAUCGCUGGAGGGGGCGCGAAGGCGGGCACGGUCAACUCGCCGCCUGCCGCCAAUAUCGCCACGAUGCUCUCCGCACUCGACCGGGAUUGGCGCUCCUUCCUUCUCCACCGGCGCCAGAGCACCUCCGUGACGCGGGGCAGCCAUCGCUGGACGAGCAGCAGCAGCAGCAGCGGCGGCGGCGGCGGUGGCGGAAGCAACGCCACGGCAACGCCUAUCGCUGCGGCUGCGAAUUGCGCCCAUAGUGCUGUGCCUGCACAGGGUCACCACACAGCAGCACAGCAGCAGCAGCGUCACCGACUCGAGAACCUCGCAUGCUCAUCCUACAUGACCCACGCAGAGCAGCGAGCGAUACACCGGUACUUCACCGCAGCCAUCGCCACUGUGCCGAGUAGUACGCGACAAGGUCUUAGCCCCAUCUGUGUGCUGGAUUUCCUGUGA